CACAGAACCCUAGGUGCCCGGGCGGUGAGGAAGCUACUUGUUUGCACUUGCCUGUACUUUCCUGAACCAUAAUUUGAUUGGGUUUGGAGCUUCCAGCUGUAUGCACCUUCCAAGCCGCUAAAAAGCUAUUGUGGGUCCACAACGCGCGACUUCCCACUGUUUUGGUGAAUACACAGUUACAUCAGUUUGCUGCAUGCGGCCUUGGGCAGUUGAGCACAGCUUUUUCACCUAAAAAUUUCCACCAGCGCGUUUUUCUUUCUAUCUCACAACAUUCAUCACCGAAAGCAUUCAUCCUUCUUUACCUCGAGCACUUCUUUUCCAAUUGUUCUCCAAUCUAACAAAGAAGAGAUCCUAUUUUUCGGCCAUUGACUAUCACUCUCGCCCUGGUCCUCGUGUUUUGUGACUUUCCAAAAUUUCACUACGACCACGUCUUGUCUGACUUGUCAGCAAGACGCGAUAGUUGCGUUACUUGCGCACCAUAAUCAGCAAGCUCUCAAACCAUUCACACGCCUCACCAACACUUCACUCUACCCCUUACUCAAUACUUUAUCCACACUUAACAUCAUACCUUGCACUAUUUAGCAUCGCGCACCUCUUGACGACAGUGUCCUCAGAAGUCGCGCAUACAGACUGCUAAUCAUUCAUUCUCUCCCUACUAUCGUACUAUCCCUAUUUUCCGCACUACUGUUUACGCGACUUGCAAACGCGACGCACAAUGCCUCCGAGAAGACUCGCCUCGGCGCCAUCCGGUACCAAACCGUUGAGCAAAAGGUCUUCUGCGACUAGGGGAGCUCCUACUAGGGCCAAAAAUGGUCGCGGUGUAGUGAAGCAAAGUAUCCACAACAAAAGCGAUGAUGGCGAAAAAGAUGAGGAGCUAGAGCAAGAGCAAGAGCAGAGUGAAGAUAAGGAGAAAGAGCAGGAUGUGAAUGAAGAACAAGAGCAGAAUGACGAUGAUCAUGCCGAAGAGAAGGAAAAGACGAAGAAGCAGACUGAACCCACCCGACGUGGACCAAAGAGGGCAACUGGUCGCGUCACCCGUAUUGCUAAACCCCCUGCAGCCCCUGCGGCUCUGGCUCAAAGACGAACUGCCUCGAAAGUACAGAGUGGUUCUGGAAAGACCAGCGCGACUGCAAAGGCUCGUCUUAAGCAACUCAACCUUGAUAGCGAGGCUACUCGUCGGCGCGACCAAUCUAUCUCCGAGUCGAGUGGAUCGCGUGCUUCCAAGCGCAAGAGAGAAGAAGUUGAGGACGAAGAUGAAGACGAAGAACCUGAGGAAGCGCCCAAGCAAAAGAAGCCUCGUGGUACUCGAGCUGCGCCCAAAAAGAUCAGAAAGCUCAAAGCCGAAGAACCCAAGCCAGUACCUAUAUCAGCGAAAUCUCGCGAUACUAGCGUGACUACCGGAAGCGCUCCCAAGACUGCCCCCAAGAAGGUCACACCGCGCCCGCGUACGAGAGGGCCUGGUGCAAGAGGUGUACCUUUUAAUGAGGUGCCUACUAAACAGUUAGAUGUUUUUGUCUUUGGCGAAGGAUCAUCGGGCGAACUUGGUCUCGGUAGUACGAAAUAUGAUGGAAGAAAACCUAUCGAUGUAAGGCGACCUCGAAUUAACCACAACCUCAAGGGCGUUGUCGCUAUAGCUUGCGGAGGUAUGCACUGUAUUGCCCUGACCCAUGAUCAGACUAUCCUCACAUGGGGUGUCAACGAUGAUAGAGCGCUCGGUCGCGAUACUUUCUGGGAAGGCGGUACUCGCGACGUUGACGACGAGGAUGAAGAUGAUGAAGAUGAUGAUGACACCGGCGUUAACCCUAAAGAAAGCACUCCUGGAAAAGUUGAUCUCAGUAUCUUACCUGAAGGCACCAGAAUUGCCCAGGUUGCGGCUAGCGACUCUGCCUCUUUCAUCCUCACAGACGACGGUUGGGUCUACGGCUGGGGUACUUUUAGGGGUUCUGAUGGUAUCAUCGGAUUCAGCGAACACGCGCGAAUCCAGGAGACACCUGCGCUCGUCCCUGAAUUGAAGAACAUCACUAGACUAGCUUGUGGUUCGAAUCACGUCUUGGCUUUGGACUUGUCCGGCAAAGUGUUCACCUGGGGCAGCGGAGGCCAAUUCCAGCUUGGCAGGAAACUGAUCUCUCGUCUCGCAGGCCCGGGUGUUGGACUUGUUCCGCAGCCAUGUGGAAGAUUUACUAAGAAACAUCGUGCCGUCAACGUGGGCGCUGGUUCGUAUCACAGUUUUUACAUCGACAGUGACGAUCAGGUGUGGGCCUGGGGCCUGAACAACUAUGCACAGACUGGCCUUAAGGAACAUACCGGCGAAGACGAUGCCAUGGUUCUCCAGCCUCAAGUUGUUACAUCACUUGAGAACCAUAAGGUCAGCCAGAUCGUGGGCGGAGAACACCAUUCGGUUGCCUGUACGACCGAAGGAAAGCUGCUCACCUGGGGCCGUGUGGAUGGUCACCAAGUCGGGCAGCCGUCCAGUCUAUACAACGAGGAGAAUACCGUUUUCGAUGAUAACAAAAGACCUCGAAUUCUCUUGGUGCCGACCGCCACUGAUGGAAUCAAGGCUACCUUUGUUGCUGCUGGUACAGAUACCAGCUUUACUCUAGAUGAGGCGGGCAAGGUUUACUCAUGGGGUUUCUCGGCGAAUUACCAAACUGGCCAAGGAACCACCGACGACAUUGAAGUUCCGACCGUGAUCGACAACACUGCCAUUCGUGAUAGACGAAUUGUAUGGGCUGGUGCUGGCGGUCAGUACUCGGUUAUCGCGGCUGAAGCUGAGAACAAUGUACCUAACGGUCAUUGAGAGUCAUUCUAAGUUAGACCAGAUCACGGCAUAGUGUUUAGGAGCGAUGGCAUACGAGGAUGAGAUGCUGCAUUAGUAUAUAUCCUUCGCAUCUUAUACUCAUUGGACUCAAGGGCGUUUAGGUCUAGUUUGAGGU